AUGAACCUUUUCGCUCAAUUUGUUACUCUUUCGCUCGCGUUCCUAUCCGUCAACGCGGUCAACAACUUUGGUGGCAUCGUUGCCUCCAACAGUGCCAGUACUGGGUCGUACACUUGUCGAACCCAGCAGCAAGCAUCGGUGAAUGCUGACCUUGUGGACUUCUCCUGCGCCUGCCUCGGUGUGGCGUCAUCGUUGGACACCCUCAAGUGGAACGAUCUGGCCAAUACCGCGCGCAACAACGGCUUCAGCUCUAUCCGGGUUCUGUCCGUCGAGCCCGGCUGCGAUGCUUUGAACAGGGCUGCAACAGCCGCGGCUUCAGCUGGGUUGACCGUCUUGGCUGGUAUCUGGGUCGAUGGUACCAUGGCCCAAUCUGCUGCUAACAUCCAACGUGAUGCCGCCCUUUUCCGCGACGCAGUGAGACGCUUUGGCGCCGGCCGUUUUAGGGGCUUGACUGUCGGAAACGAGGUUAACGACUCCCCCGCUAACAUCAUCAACAAGGUCAACGAAGUCCGAAAUUUCCUCCGCUCCAACGGAGUCAACACCCCGGUCUCAACGGUCCACACCUGGGUUCAUAUUCGUGAUAACCGCGUUUUGUGCAAUGGUGACUUUGUCGGCGCCAAUGCCCACGCCUUCUUUGAUGGAAAUGUGGUUGGCCAGCAAACUGGGGACUUCGUAUUCAAGACCGUCGUUCCAAGCUUGAAGGGCGCUUGUCCAGGGAAGCAACUCUGGAUCACUGAAUCUGGAUGGCCAUCACGGGGCCCCUCACGAGGAAGGGCUGUUGCAUCUGUUGCUGAAGCCCGCACGGCUCUCCUCAACCUCAACUGCGCAUGCCGAGAUGACCGCAGCGUAUCCGUCUAUGCCUUCGAAGCUGACGACUCUUUGUGGAAGCCAGGGAACGAUAACGAACGUAGCUUUGGUAUCUUCGGCAAGCAUAACCUCGGUGAAGUCUUCGCACCUUGUUAG